AUGUCUUUCGGUCGCCCUCCGUCAGGCAACGCUGGUUUUCAAGUCUCUCCUCCGGACCGCGGGUCUUUCCCCCUAGAUCAUGAAGGCGAAUGCAAGAAUCAGAUGAUGCUCUAUCUUGGCUGCCUCAAGAGGAAUGGGCAUGAUUCGACACCUUGUCGGUUACUGAGCAAGGACUAUCUGGACUGUCGGAUGACGAAAGGGCUCAUGGCGGCCGACGAAUGGAAGAACUUGGGCAUGGCCAACUUAGAGGGCGGUGGUACGAGGCUAGCUCAGCAAGACUCCGUCAGUCCAGUGGGCUCGGCAGCUAAGACAUGA